ACACGCGCUGUAGGGCUGCAUGAUUUCUUCUGCCAGUGUGAGAUGAAGAUGAAGAUGAGGAGGAUGAUGCGCGCGCGGUCCGCCCACGCAGGAUCAUUCCUGACUCGCGCGCUCCGCGUCUAACCGUCGCGCUGAAUACAUCACAUUUAUUUUCGAUGAAGAAGACGAUGCUGCGGGAGUAACGGGAUGAAGAUCGCGAGUGAUCGCGCGCACAUUAACACCAUCGGCGACAUGACGAACCCGCCGCGCGCGCUUCUGUCGCAUUCGCCGCGGAGCGAACGAUGAGCGCCGGCGGGAUUCUGCGCGUUACCCUGGAAACGGCGGAGACUCGAGCGAGCGCAGGCCGAGCAGAGUGCAGCGACAGCCGGACUGAAGACAGAGGAACAGCCGCUGCAGGACGCGGAGCUCCACUGGAGUCUGGAGCGGGUGGUCUAAUCGCGCGCAGGUUAUGCAUGAAAUAUUGAUGAACGAAUUCAAUAAGCCAAUGAUGAAGAUGAUGAAGAGCACUGCACAUGUCCACAGAAGCUGCAAACUUCACUGCAUCACUGAGGACCCUUCAUGUGUGACAGAAUUGGACAGUGAUUGUCCAGAACUGAUCUGAGGACAGUGAGAAUGACAGAUGACGGAGGGACAGUCUGACUGAACAUAUUCAAUGCAAGUUACUGGACUGGACAGACAGACAGAGAGACAGACGCGCUGAGGCCUGACGCCUCCUGUCUCUCUUCUUCGAGCACGCUCGUGCUCGCAGGAAGAGCUUUGCCACGUCGCGGCAGAGAAGCAUGGAAACUCCGCCCACUGCCCCUACACAGCCAUUCCGACAGCCUAGUUUUCUAAGUCGCCGCCUGAAAGGAUCAAUUAAACGAGCAAAGAGUCAACCCAAACUCGACCGCACAGGAAGCUUCCGCCACAUGAUCCUCCCACGAUUCCGCAGUGCUGACCAGGAGAGGACGCGCCUCAUGCAGAGUUUCAAGGAGUCUCACUCGCACGAGUCCCUGCUGUCUCCGAGCAGCGCGGCCGAGGCCCUGGACCUCACGCUGGACGAGGACGCCAUCAUCAAACCCGUCCACUCCAGCAUCCUCGGGCAGGAGUACUGCUUCGAGGUGACGACGGCGUCCGGCACCAAGUGUUUCGCGUGCCGCUCCGCCGCCGAGAGGGACAAAUGGAUCGAGAAUCUGCAGCGAGCCAUCAAACCCAACAAGGAUAACAGCCGUCGUGUUGAUAAUGUGCUCAAGCUGUGGAUCAUCGAGGCCCGCGACCUCCCGGCGAAGAAGCGCUACUACUGCGAGCUGUGUCUGGACGACAUGCUGUACGCGCGAACCACCAGCAAACCGCGGACGGACACGGUGUUCUGGGGCGAACACUUCGAGUUCAACAACCUCCCGGCCAUCCGCAGCCUGAGACUGCACCUGUACAAGGAGACGGACAAGAAGAGACGGAAGGUCUGUGCUGUGCUGCUACACAAGCUCGCUCACUACAGGAGAGAGAGGGAGAAGAGCACGUAUCUGGGUCUGGUCAGCAUCCCUAUCCCCAGCAUCACGGGCCGUCAGUUUGUGGAGCAGUGGUAUCCCGUCAUCCAGCCCAGCGUUCUGGCCAAAGGUGGCGGCGGCAGCAGCGGGAAGAUCAUCAACGCCUCGCUGCGCCUCAAGUCUCGCUACCAGACCAUGAACAUCCUGCCCAUGGAGCUGUACAAGGAGUUCGCCGAGUACGUGACCAACAACUACAGGACGCUGUGUGGAGUCCUGGAGCCGCUGCUGAGCGCCAAGAGCAAAGAGGAGGUGGCGUGUGCGCUGGUGCACAUCCUGCAGAGCACCGGCAAGGCCAAGGACUUCCUGUCUGACAUGGCCAUGUGUGAGGUGGACCGCUUCAUCGACCGCGAGCACCUGAUCUUCAGAGAAAACACACUGGCCACCAAAGCCAUCGAGGAGUUCCUGAAGCUCAUCGCGCAUCGCUAUCUGAAGGACACCAUCGGAGAGUUCAUCCGUGCGCUGUACGAGUCGGAGGAGAACUGUGAGGUGGAUCCGAUGCGAACGCCUCCGUCUGUGCUGUCCGACCAUCAGGCCAACCUGCGCAUGUGCUGCGAGCUGGCGCUCUGCAAGAUCAUCAACUCCCAUUGCGUGUUUCCUCGAGAGCUGAAGGAGGUGUUCGCGUCGUGGCGGGUGCGCUGCGCCGAACGCGGUCGAGAGGACAUCGCCGACCGCCUCAUCAGCUCCUCUCUCUUCCUGCGCUUCCUGUGUCCGGCGAUCAUGUCCCCGUCCCUGUUCAAUCUGACGCAGGAGUAUCCGUCCGAACGCACCUCUCGAACCCUCACGCUCAUCGCCAAGGUGGUGCAGAGCCUGGCCAGCUUUUCAAAGUUCAGUGGGAAGGAGGACUAUCUGGGCUUCAUGAACGAGUUCCUGGAGAUGGAGUGGGGCUCCAUGCAGCAGUUCCUGUACGAGAUCUCCAAUCUGGAGUGUGUGAGUAACGCCGGAGCGUUCGAGGGCUAUAUCGACCUGGGCCGAGAGCUGUCCAUCCUGCACAGUCUGCUGUGGGAGGUCAUGGCGCAGCUGAGUAAGGACGCCAUAUUGAAGCUGGGCCCGUUGCCGCGGUUACUGAAUGACAUCAGCGUGGCGCUUCGGAACCCACAGCUGCACCGUCAGGCGAGUCACCAGCCGCCCGAGCGACACCUGUCACGACCCGCCUUCAGCCGCCUCGCCACCAACGACUUCCAGAGCCUCAUGAUGAGAGACCUCAACAGCUCUAUAGACGUCUCUCGUCUGCCGUCUCCUACGGCCGGUCUCUCCGGCAGUGGCGUUCUCUCUCAUCCUGGAAUGGCUGCUUUCUCCGAGCGGGAUCUUCGCGGCAACAAAGACGUGUUCUACGUGACCCGCCCUCCUCUCGCACGCUCAAGCCCCGCCUACUGCACUAGCAGCUCUGACAUCACUGAACCAGACCCCAAGGUUCUCAGUGUGAAUAAGAGUGUUUCUAUGAUGGACCUGCAGGAUUCACGCAUCAACAGCGUGUCGAACCUGCACUCCGUCAACGACCUGCUGAACUCCUCUCAGGGCUCUCUGGCCGGGCUGGCCGGGUUCGGUCCGAUGGGCGGCGCCCCCCUCAGGGCCGGAGGCCGCGUGUCGGCAGGGUCGGGCGGCUCGAGCAUGUCGGGCGGUUUGCGUCUGAGUCACUCGGGCGGCCUGACGACGGACUCGCUGUCCCAGCAGCAGCAGCAGCAGGCGGCCGCCAUGCACGUGCCUCUGUCCUUCCAGAACCCUCUGUUCCACCUGGCCUCGGACGGGCCGCAGUACCACACGCCUCCGCACGCCCCCGCCGCCCCGCCGCCGCUCCUGCUGCCGCCCGAGCCGGAGAACGGGCACGUGGGAUUCGGCGUGCCGACGUUCGGACACAGCGGCUUCUCUCGCAGCGAGGACCUUUCGGCCCUGCGGACGCAGAACAGCCUGGUGCAGCCCAACAUCGUCCACUCGCACAGCUACAGCGACGACUUCACGCGCCACAACCAGGCCGACUACGCCCGCAGACAGCUCUCGCUGCAGGUGCAGGAGAAUCUUCAGCAGCAGGUUCUGAUGGGCAUUGCCCCGCAGACGUCGACGGGCACCGGCACGCCCGCCUCUCUGGCCACUCCCCCUACCACCAUUCAUCCUGUCCGUCAGGCCUCCAUGGCCCCGCCUCCCCCUCAGCGCAUGAAGCCUCAGCCCUCCCACCAGCUGUCCGUCAGCUCGGCCGCCAACUCCACGCCCCCCAAGACCCGCCCACAGAGCGGGAACCUCCUCCAGUCGCCCGAGUCGAGUUUCGGAGGGAGGCAGAUGCCGAGGCAGCAGCUGUCAGUCAAGGACAGCCCCGCCCCCGGUCUGCCGCAUCAGUCCAGCACAGCCUCUGAGAAUCCCGCCCCUCAGGGCGGAGCUAACGAGAGCACAGAAAACACACCGAGCAACCAACCAGCAAAAUCCACACAGCAAACCAACCAACAGCAUCUGCUCAAACCAACCGGGAACAAACAGGGCUCAAAGUCUCCGUCCACUCUCAAUCCUCCCACAGCCGCGUCCGAGCGUACGGUGGCCUGGGUGUCCAACAUGCCGCACCUGUCUGCGGACAUCGAGAGUCUGCGCGUGGACCGCGAGGACUUCAAGCUGAAGGAACACUCCAAGAGCAUGGACGAGUCCCGUCUGGACCGGGUGCGCGAGUACGAGGAGGAGAUCCACUCCCUGAAGGAGCGUCUGAUGAUGUCGCACCGGAAGCUGGAGGAGUACGAGCGGCGGCUGCAGUCGCAGGAGCAGCAGACCAGCAAGAUCCUGCUGCAGUACCAGAGCCGGCUGGACGACAGCGAGAGACGCCUGCGGCAGCAGCAGAUGGAGAAAGACUCGCAGAUCAAGGGCAUCAUCAACAGGUUGAUGGCGGUUGAGGAUGAGCUGAGAGGAAGUGGAAUGCCUGACCUCAAAACCAGAUUAUUCACAGAACAGCCGAUUUAUGGUGCCCACUCUGGAACAUGAUUGGCUCGUGCAGGACUAGAGGACAUGUGAUUGGUUGAACCUCAACCCAGGAAUGUCUGAUGAUUGGCUGAGAGAGAAGAGAGAGGCGGAGCCUGAGCAGGACGACCGACUCUACAACUCUACAAACUCUCUGUCUUUCUCUCUCUCUCUCUCUCUCUCUCUCUCUCUCUCUCUCUCUCACAAACACAUGUUGAGAGUAUAUAUGUAUAUAACUGAUAUAUAAAUAUAUAUUUCUCAGAUGUGUCUCUCUCUCCUGCUGUCUUUGUCUUUUUUGAGCCAAAUGGACGACAAUCAGCAUCUCGAGGCCGAAACAAUCACACCGAUAGCACAAAGAAAAUCAACGCAGACGGAGAGAGAGAGACACAUUCGUUUAUGAAGUUCUCAUUCUCUUCCCAUCAUCCCCUGCCUCUCUCUCUCUCUCUUUACCGCAGGAGUGUGUUUGUGUACGUAUGUAUGUGUGUGUGUGUGUGUGUGUGUUUUUGAUCAGUUGCAGCCUCAACUUCCUAAUAAUGACUCAAUAACGAAUCUUGUUUUUUUCAAAUGAUGUUUUGAGGGGCUUGAUUCUUUCUGAGCCAAUCAGACGCUGUCGUGCCGCUCAGAAUCCCGCCCCUUCCUGUCCUGAGCGGGGGGCGGGCUCUCCUCUCCGUGCCUAAAGAGCUCCACUGAGAACAACAGGGCAAAAAAAGACUUGACGAGUGAGUCGGACACUCGGUUUAUCUCAUGCUCAUCUCCGAGAGAGACGUGGACGUGACUGGUUGCUUCGCCUCGCCGAGGAAGUGAAGACGAGACGCCGGUCAGUGUGGGAAACGCUCUGGGAUUGAUGUCACGCUUUGAUUCUGGAGAGCGAGCGGACGUGUUCGUUUAGUGCAGGUGUGUGUUUGUGUGAAACACCUGGAUGAAGAGGUUCAGUGAUUUAGACGCAACCAACCAUCUGACUAGAGCUAAACUCCAGUGUUCAUCUCUCGUAAUGAUCAGCCGCACACUAAAGCACUCGCUCUUCACGCCCCGGUGAGCCGCCCCUCACGCCACUCAAACUUCACAAGCGCUUCAGCGUUUUUGUUUGAUCAAAUCUUUCGUCAGAUACACAGAAACUCAAAGGUCUUCACUGCAACCUGUCAAAAUAAAAGUUCGGUUUAACUUGAAGAAACUGUGACAGAAAUAUAUUGCUGUUGUACAUUAGAAUGAACUUCUCAAAGUAAUAAUAAUAAUAUAAAUAAUAAAAAUAUUUUAAGGACUCUUAUCAGACAAUCUUUCUUCCAUGUUUUAGUUUUUAACAGUAAAUCUCUGUUGGGCGGCACUUUGUUAGGAAUUGUUACACUGUUUUAAUUUGAUAAAAAAAUAAUAAUUAAAUUGUUAAUGUUUUAUGACUUAUAAUAAAUCUGUAUUAAAUCAUAAAUUUAAAAAUUAGACAUCUUAAAAAAUAAAACAUUUAAUUAUUACUGUAAAAUAUUAAUAAUUAUAUUGUUAAAAAAGUUGAGUGAAUUCACAUGAUUUGACAUGCUUUUUGAUCAUUAAAAUUUAAUCAAACCAUUAAAAUGGAAAACACAAAAUCUGGGAAAAAUAAAAUAGAAUUUAAGAAGAAUUUUCAUUGGGCCCUAAAAUGUAUUUUUUGUUAAACUUUUAAUAAUUUUUUGUUAAAUUGUACAUUUCAUGAUUUCAAUUAAUUAGACAUGCUUUUUGAUUACUGAUGUUUAAUUUUAACAUUAAAACUGGAUCCAAAAAAAAUGAAAACAGAAAAAAAAAAAUUGUAUAAGUUUCAUGAUUUUAAUUAACUUUACAUGCUUUUUUGUUACUAAAAUUUAUUUAAACAUUAAAACAGAACCUAAAAAUAUUUAAAUGAAAGAGAGUAUUUGAGGGGGAAAAAAGAAAUUUAGGCCCUAAAAAGGUAAUUUUGUUAAACUUGUUUAAAAAAUUGUUAAAUUGUAUGUUUCAUGAUUUCAAUAAAUUAGACAUGCUUUUUGAUUACUAAUGUUUAAUUUUAAAAUUAAGAUUGGAUCCAGAAAAAUUAAAACAGAUAAAAAAAUGGAAUU